UUAAUGACCAUGUAAGUGAAAGCACAAAAGAUUUAAAUUCAGUGAACCUGAUUAUAAGAAAGAAAUUACAAAAAAUUGAUGCACUCAAACAAAUCAAAGAAGAACGCCAAGAAGAGUUGAAUAAAGUAAAAGAUGAAAUAAAAGAGCUAAAGGAAAAAAUCAAAGUCUUACAUCAAAAUCAGCUGGGUUCGGAGAAAACCAAAUCACCACUUGAAAAAUUGCUUAAAAUGAGUUUAUUAAAAAAUUGCACUAGAACAUACAUUAGCGACAAAGCUCCACAUUUAAUUCGAGGAUUUACCGCCAACACCGAACGUUCAGAGAUUAUUCCUUUUGAAAUUGAUCCUGGGCAAAAGACAAAAGAUGAAAUCGAGAAAAUUGUUUGGGAAAAUUGUUUAAGAUCGAGUGAACAUGCUAAACAAUGGGAACAAUUAUUUAAUCUUUCAUUGGAAUAAAGUAAAAAAAACUAAAUUUUAAUUAAUAAAUAAAAUGAAUCCAAUCUGGGCAAUUUUUUGGUUGAUCAUCUUCUUCUUCAUCUCAUUUGUGGUAGCUGGAUUCUCGGCUUUCUGUUAUGUCUUUUUGUAUGUGCUGGUUGUGUGCAUUCCCGGAUUAUCGGGUGUCACCGAUAUUCUGCUGCAAGGUAUUCAAUUUCCACAUUUCUGUGCGAAAGCAAUGAUGGAAGGCAAACCACUAUGUUAAUACAAAAAUUCAGAAUUAAUAUUUAGUUAUUUUUUUUUUUUUUUAAUAUAAAAUAUUUAUUAAUUUUGUUUAAUCAUUAACAUUUAAAUAUUAAAUUUCCAAUAGUAAAAAAUUGUAAUAAUAAUAACUUGAAUGAACAAAUUAAAUAAAAAUUAAAUAAGUACAAGUAACCAA